AUGACGGCGCAGCUGCUGGUUGAGGUCGUGCGGGAUUCAAACCGGAUUUUAAGUCUUGAUCUGGAAGAGCUUGAGGAUUCGGAAGGGCAAGCCGGCGAGGCGUUGGAAGAAAUUCAAAGUGGUAGAAAGCGGAUUACACGGAUGAUGCUCGAAAAAGUUCAGGAAACGGUUCCGCAGUUUGGUAUUGAACUCGUCGAUAUUCAGAUAAAGCGAAUCAACUAUGUAGACGAAGUCCGCAAGAAGGUCUUUGAUCGCAUGGUUUCGGAACGUCAACGGAUCUCUGAAAAGUACAAAUCGGAGGGUGAAGGUGAAGCCGCUGACAUCAUGGGGCAAAAGCAGAAGGAGUUAGAGCGGAUCCAAUCUGAAGCCUAUAAGGAAGCCGAGCAGCUUAAAGGAACCGCAGAUGCGGAAGCCAUCCAGAUUUAUGCCGAAGCACACGGUCAAGAUCCGGAGUUUUUCGCCUUUAUCCAAACCCUUGAAACCUAUCGCCAAACAACCAACGAUCGUACGAAACUUAUCUUAACAACGGAUAGCGAUCUCUAUCGGUAUCUCAAAAGCAGUGAAGUACUCAGGCGUUGA